AUGAUUGUCAAAGCCCUGGUCAAGGUUGACCUCUUCCCUGUCUACAAAGGUGCGGCUUUUCUCCUUCUCUCUGUCUCUCUACUAGAUCCGGGGCCAAAUGCUGCACCGUGGGCUGAGCAGGAUACUGGCAGAUGGAGCUGGCAGUAUCGUCGUAUCCAGCGUAUAAUGCUCGGGGGGGAGGUAUUCAAAUCUGCCGACGUUAGGGAAAUGGCAAAAUAUUAUCCAACAAAUGGUAGAGACCAAUUGUCGACAGAGACCCCCGUCUCUCCUGAUGCCGCAUUGUCAAAGAAAGAUCCCGAAACGUCUUUGCACGAAGACGAUGACGCCGGUGCGGUGGUGUUUCUAUUCCCACCUUCGGGACGAAAGCCUUGGUCCCUAUCGCGAAUAUGGCUUGCAUGCAAGUUGUGGUUAUUGAACUGCCUUGCACCAGCGCAUGACAGUGGGGCGAGGAACAAGCGCGUUGAAAUGCUCCUCGACGGACAUGAAGCCAGUUUAAAGUUAUUGAGGGCAAAGUACUCUCGGCAAAAGCUAUGGUACCUUGAGGUUGUUGCCGUGCACCCUUCUCUACAAUCACGCGGACUAGGUGGGGGCGUGAUGAGAUGGAUCUUAGAACACGUUCAUGACGACCCGGUAUAUCUUGAAUGUACCCGAGAGGAGAACGUGAGGUUCUACGAGGGCUUUGGGUUUCGGGUUGCCGAAGAGGUUGAACUGGUGGAUGGUGCGAGUCAAACUGGAGAGCAUGCAUUCAAGCACUGGGUCAUGGUGCAUCCAGGAAAGUCAACGCUGUAG